CAGAGGGGGACAUAUCGGUAAUUAAAAUUUCAUGUAUUGCCCUUUUCAUGAAAAUUUAUUCAAACUUUUCAAAGCUUCAAAAAUCAAUAAAUAAAAUAAUAAUAUGAUUUCAAGGAAAGCUCAGAAAGGCUAGAGAUUACAGAGUUGCUUAAGUUAGUUUCUGGGAAACACAGAGAGAGAGAGAGAGAGAGACUCUGCUUUGCUGUGUUCGGAAAAAAGGCAUUUCCUUUUUUCGGUUUUUUCUUGUAGAGAUUUUUACUUUCUUUUUUUUUAAAAAAAAAAAAAAAUAUUAAUUAGAAAAUUCUCUAUCUUGGCAUAGGGUUUGGGUUAUCGGAGACCAAUUUUUUUAAAGUUCAGAUUUCUAGGGUUUAUCGUUUACUCGCUACUUUCCCUCGUUUUCUCGAAGACUUUGUGUCUCUUGCGGUCAAUGUAAGUUGUUUUCUCUUUUUUUUCAAGUGGCUUUUUUGAAUUUCUUUCAAACCCCUGUUUUUCUUUUUGUUUUGGUCAAUUUUCAAAUUCUUGUGUUUGAAAUUUUGAGGUAUUAUUACAUGCACAGAAUUAUGUAGAACAUGUGCUUCUAUAUUAGGGGUUUUUUUUUUUAAUGCAAUUUCCACUGUCCAUGGCUUUUUUUGUUUCCAUGAAAAUGUGAGAAUGUCAACCUUUGAACCAUUGUCAAAGGUUCUUGUUUAGGGAAAGACUGGGCGUUACGAUUUAGGGUUUAGGGUUUUUGUAGAUAUGAUCAAACAAAUACUGGGUAAGAUUCCUCGGAAACCGUCAAAAUCAUCGCAUGGUGAUUCGUAUAGUGAUGGAGGGGCAACUGUACAUUCGUCUGCAAAAUCCUCUUAUGGAACCAAUUCAAUUAACAGCUCAAAACCCACGCCAGCUUCUUCAAAAUCUUCAACCACACGCUCAAGUAAUGGGACUCUUGCACCGCACUCAUCAACUGUGAAUAAAUCGAAUCAAGCCAAGAAAUCUGCUCCAGUGGCAACAACCCAAGUGGGGCCUCCUUUGUUGGCUCCAACGGUAUAUGAAGCUUUGCCGAGUUUCCAUGAUGUCCCAAGUGCAGAGAAGCAGAAUCUGUUCCUUAAGAAAUUGAAUAUGUGCUGUGUUGUCUUUGAUUUCAGUGACCCCUUGAAGAAUCUUAAAGAGAAGGAUAUUAAGCGGCAAACUUUGUUUGAGCUUGUUGAUUAUAUCUUGUCUGUAAAUUCCAAGUUCAAUGAGGUGACGAUGCAAGAGAUUACAAAGAUGGUCGCAGCCAAUCUGUUUCGAACAUUCCCAUCUCCCUGUCAUGAGAAUAAGGUCCUUGAAAUGUAUGACCUUGAAGAGGAGGAGCCAACUAUGGAACCUGCUUGGCCUCAUCUUCAGAUCGUGUAUGAAUUCCUGUUGAGAUUUGUUGCUUCACCAGAGAUAGAUGCCAAGCUAGCAAAAAGAUAUGUUGACCAUUCCUUUGUGUUGAGAUUGCUCGACUUGUUCGACUCUGAGGACCAAAGGGAGAGGGAUUACUUAAAGACAAUCCUCCACCGCAUCUAUGGCAAGUUCAUGGUGCAUCGUCCCUUCAUUAGGAAAGCCAUCAACAAUAUCUUCUAUCGCUUCAUUUUUGAGACUGAGAAGCACAAUGGGAUUGCAGAGUUGCUUGAGAUAUUGGGAAGCAUAAUUAAUGGGUUUGCUGUACCUUUGAAGGAAGAGCACAAGCUGUUCCUUGUCCGUGCAUUGAUACCCCUUCACAAACCAAAAUGCGUUUCUUUGUACCAUCAGCAGCUUUCAUAUUGCAUUACUCAGUUUGUGGAGAAAGAUGUCAAGCUGGCUGAUACUGUAAUUCGAGGUCUUUUAAAGUAUUGGCCUGUAACUAAUAGUUCAAAGGAGGUUAUGUUCCUUUCUGAGUUGGAAGAAGUUCUGGAAGCCACCCAGGCGGCAGAAUUUCAGCGGUGCAUGGUACCUUUAUUUCGUCAAAUCGCCCGCUGCCUCAACAGCUCACAUUUUCAGGUAUCAGAACGUGCAUUGUUUUUGUGGAACAAUGACCAUAUAAGAAAUUUAAUAACACAGAACCGUCAAGUGAUUCUUCCUGUAGUUUUCCCAGCAUUGGAGAGAAACAUACAGGGUCAUUGGAAUCAAGCUGUUCAGAGUUUGACGUUGAAUGUGAGAAAGAUUUUCUCUGAUGCUGAUCAAGCACUUUUUGAUGAAUGUUUGGUCAGAUUUCAAGAAGAUGAAAUCAAGGAGAAGGAAAGACAGGAAAAGCUGAAAUUGGCUUGGAAGCGCUUGGAAGACGUGGCUGCCUCUAAUGCUGUAAGCAAUGAGGCUGUUCUUGUUUCAAAGUAUGCCUCUUCUGUUGCCAUUGCUACCAGCACAAAGUUGCGUGCUACUCCUGGCAGUUGAGAUCCAUUACAAAUCUGGAAUUUUGCCCUGUUGAGCUGUAAUUUAAGGUAAGCGGGUGCAACCCUGAUGUUGCUUUGUAGGGGAACAAGUGCACCGGCUUCCCCUGGGAAACAUGAAGAUUUGUGGAUAUUGCAGCUGUUGUUUUUGGGUUAUUUGCUAAUUCCCUUUAUCCUCUUCAACCAUGGAGGUUUGUAUUAUAAUGGAUUCAUUUAUAGAGAUAGCGGUGGUUUAGAUUCCAAUAUGAUAAUAUUUAUUGUAAAAUCAUGGAAAAGGUAUACUUUCUAGCAUCCUCAAUGGUUUUAUUUUAAAGCAAGCAAUCAAUAGUCUCUUUCCAAAA